CAUCAUACAUAUUAUGAACUAGUCAGCAAAACACGUGCGUACAUUAUGGUGAAAUUACAAGUCGUAACUAUACGCAGAAGUUGAAUUUUACAAUAUUAAAUUGUAUGGAUAAAAAUCUUUUACUAUAAUUGAUUUUUCAAUUGUGUUUUUAUAAAUAUCUUCAGAGAUAAUAAUUUUUGGGUGUUCUAAAAAUAAUGUGUUGAAAAUAAUGGAUUUAAAAAUUAAAUAAAUAAUCCAGAAGUGAUUUAUAAAAAAAGUGUUUUACUACUACACAAAACUGUGUAUGCUUUGAUGUUCUUUUUUUUAAUAAGUGAAAAAUAAGUGUAAUUAAAAAUGAAACAAGCGGUUUAUCUGAUGGCUUUAUGCCUGACUUGCUGUGUCUGCGAACCUCUGGACUCUUACUGCUGUAAGCCGGAACAGGGUGUUAUGGCGGACUUUGAAAAUGUGUGUGUGUUAAUUGACAAGAACAACAACACAAUCACAACACGUGCGAAGCUGGCGUGUGAGAAUGUCACACACAUUGACCAUACAGAGUUCAACUUUACGGUGACUGAUGAUGGAAGGAUGGUCUUCCUGAUGGAAGAUUUGGAACCUCAUAAGGACGGUGACGAAUUCUGUAUAGCCAACCGGACGUUGAACUCAACUGACAGGACAUUGGUGUUCUGUGACGUAGAGGAACAAGAACAAAUCCUAGACGAAAGCAUCCUCGCAUACUGCAUGUAUGUGUCUGUUGUGUUCUUGACCCUGACCCUGCUGGUAUACUGCGCACUACCUGAAGUAAGAGAUCUACAAGGGAAGAGUAUAAUAAACUUCUGCGCAAGUUUAGCUAUUGGUCUCGGCAUUUUGGGUGCUCUCAAAUUAGAUAUCCCGUAUUCAGACUUAGGGCUCUGUGCUGCGCGAGGUUUCCUUACAUACUUCUUUUUAAUAGCAAGUUUCUUUUGGACUAACGCCAUAUCAAUUCAAAUUCUUUUGAGCAUAAGGCGACCGAGUAAAUUAGACUACGGUUGGAAAGACUUUUCCUUGUACGCCCUGUACGCUUGGGGAUGUCCGACAGUACUGACGGUUGCGAUGGCGAUUGUCAACUUCCUCCCGGGCUACCAUCGUAAGCCUGGUAUUGGAUUGAACACGUGCUGGUUUUUCAGUUCCCGGUUCCAAUGGCAAUACAUGUACAGCGUCAUGUCCAUCCUCACGCUGGCCAACAUUUGCAUAUUCGUCUACAUAUCGGUACAUCUUUGGCGGAACUCCUUCUCUUCAAGUCACAUAAAGGCUCUUAAGUACAAAUUCUGGAUGACUGUUCGUAUGUUCGUCAUAAUGGGUUUGCCGUGGGUGUUUGAAAUGAUCAGUUCCUUGUAUGGACCUCACGUUGUUUGGGUCAUAACGGACAUUUUAAACACGUUACAAGGAAUAUUCAUAUUUCUGCUGAUCGUUGUGUUCCGUAAACGGGUCAUAAAAGCGAUGGCCAGGCGAGGGUGGCUGGACUGUGUGUCCGGGAUAGUGGAGCGCCAUCUAGCGGUCGGGGAAGACGACGAAGAGGACGUUGUGCACCAGACAAUGGACAUCGGUCUGCAAGAUGGCGUAGCUAAUUAAAGAG